UGAGAGGGAGAGGAGGACAGAGAAAGGAACAGACAGGAGGGGUGGCAGAGACAUUUGUGAUUUUCUUUCUUAUUUAAUUGGUCCUCCGGGAUUCAGGGCGAGCCCUCCGCGCGCAGCAGCGGAGCUUUAAUUGGCUGGAGAUCCACCAAAAUACUAUUGGAAAAAAGCGCAGAGUUUAUACAGUUCAGACCCCCGGUCCGUUCUCAAAAACACACUCAUUACCAAGUCUGGCCAGAACAGGAGAGAGACUCUUCAGAAGCCUGUUCAGAGGUCAGACGCGCAUCCAUCCGCCCCACGGCACGGACUAUAAACUGUAUCGGACCAUCACCAGAAAGAUCUCUGCGCGCAUCUCUUCUCCGCCACUGGCAGCGCGCAAAGACGCGCAAGCUCUCCAUCGACGAACGCGCAGCUGAUAGGAAAGCAUCAUAGUAGAAGAGUUUAGACCAGUCGAGCAGAGAGAUCGAAUCGCAUUCCGACCGCCGCUUUCCACGAAGACGCCGUUGGACGCGUGGACGUGUGCUGGCUUUCUCGAGAGUUUCACAUCAGCUGAAGUUGCCUGUGAGAAUGUGGUGGGAUUUUGUGCUCGUUUUCUGGACGGAGAUGCAUCAGGAACACGCAUAGGAAGUACAUAAGCAUCUGGAACUCCAGUGCGCUACUGAAAGUCUUGUGUGAUCGCUUUUAUUCUAAAAGGGAAUUAACUAUUUAAGUAUUUAUUCGCUCGUUGUGAGCAGGCUGAGCCCGCGCAUACGAAGGUAAUGAGGCAUCGCACCUGAAGAUGGAGCUUUUCUGGAUUUUAUUAUUUUCGGUCCUACACCGGUACGCGCGAGCGCAAGGAGUUUACGCUCCUGCAAACGCUCAGAUCGUUCAUUCUGGUCAGGCAUGUGUGGUGAAGGAGGACAACAUCAGUGAAAGAAUUUACACCAUCAGAGAAGGAGACACAUUAGUCCUGCAGUGUCUGGUGAAGGGUCAUCCGCGGCCACAGGUGCGGUGGACCAAAACGGCAGGCAGCGCCUCUGACAAGUUCCAGGAAACAUCCAUCUUCAAUGAGACCUUACAGAUCCCUAACAUCCAGAGAGUGCAGGGCGGUCGCUACUACUGCAAAGCUGAGAACGGGGUGGGGGUGGCUGCUAUCAAGUCCAUUCGCGUAGAUGUGCAGUAUCUGGAUAAACCUGUGCUCACUGUGCAUCAGACGGUCGGUGACGUGAGAGGGAACUACUACCAGGAGAAAACCGUGUUCUUACGCUGUACGGUGAACUCCAACCCUCCCGCUCGCUUCAUCUGGAAACGGGGAAACAGACUAAUUGAACAGAGCAAAGACAACGGGGUGGACAUCUAUGAGCCUCUGUAUACACAGGGUGAGACAAAGGUGCUAAAACUGAAGAAUCUUCGUCCUCAAGACUUUGCCGACUACACCUGUCAGGUGUCCGUACGGAACGUUUGUGAUAUUUCCGACAGCUCCGUCACCUUUCGACUGACCAACUCCACCACACCCCCUGCUCUGAAGCUGUCUGUGAAUGAGACAUACGUGGUGGACCCGGGUCAAGACGUCACGCUGUCCUGUGAGGUAACUGCAGGGUUCCCCACACCUACGGUGAGCUGGUCGCGGUACCCCGGGCCUCUCCCCCAGCGGUCUGUGGUACGAGGAGGAUCCCUCACACUUUGGUCCGUGACUACCGCUGAUGCUGGCGUCUACAAUUGUACGGCUGUCAACAAUGUCGGAAAUCCUGCAAGAAGAACCGUCAACUUUAUUGUGAGAAGCAUGAAGAACUUAACAUUCCAGAUCACACCAGACUCCAACAAAGACAGCGAGAGCAUACAGAUGGGUCGAGACCUCAAACUUUCCUGCCACGUUGACGCGCAGCCACAGGAUAAGGUGAACUACACCUGGUACAAGAACGGAGCUCCCAUCUUCCCCACCGACACGCUCAUCGUGCUGCGCAGCGACCCAGACAUGCCUCCCGGGACCAGCAGCCUGGAAAUCGUGGACAUGAAGUUCAGAGAUCAAGCCACCUACAGCUGCGUAGCGAACUUCCCGGGGAGCAGCUUGCCUGAACUGCGUGUCGAUGUCAACAUCACGCAGAGCAGUGUCGUUCCUCCCGUUUUGACCGUGCCACUCGGAGGGGGUGUGGUUAAUGCCAGUGAGGGCGGUUCCGCCGAGCUUGUGUGUUUGGUCGAUGGCAAGCCCCGCCCACCCGUUCUGUGGUCUCGUGCCAACAAGGACCUACCCAUGCCAUCGGGCGAUUGGAUGGUGGAGUCGCGAGACGGACGCUUACGUCUGACCAACGUGUCGCGGGACAUGAUGGGAGCGUACCGAUGCCAAACCGCACCUUACAACGGCCUCAACAUCAAACGCAGACAAUCGCAGGUGCAACUCAAUGUGGAAUAUCCUCCUGUUGUGGAUCCAGUCUUGCUGGAUGUCCGUUCUCCGACCUUCCAGACGGUCAAUCUGCGCUGUGUGGUUCUGAAGUCCAAUCCCAACCGAAUAGCCAGCGUCCGGUGGUACCGUAACGGCGUAGCCAUACGAACCCCACCGGCGGACCCCCAGAGCGUCCCUCAGCUCCGCUUUAAACUCGACCCCACUAAUAACGGCACAUACGAAUGUAGAGUGAGCAAUGGAGUGGGUACUUCAACCUGCACCUUUAAUGUAUCUGCUCAGCCUUAUGUCGCAGAAUUUUACUACGACACACCAAACCCCAUUCGCACCCUGAAGAACAAUUAUUCCUACAUCUUACAGUGGACACAGAAAGAGCCGAGCGCUGUAGACAAAAUCAUUGGAUACUGGAUCAAUGUCCAGCAGAACGGUCAGAAGAUUUUGUCCAAGCAGAUCAACACUAAAGAGCCAGUGAAGGGUGUCCUGAUGUCCUACACGUUGACGGAUCUUCGCAUUCCUGUGUCAUAUGAGGUCAGCCUGGCUCCCAUAACCUCCUUCGUGACUGGAGAUUCGGUCACACGCAUCAUCCAGUACUCAGAACCCUACACUUACCCGAGACCUUCAGAUCACGUGUGCGGGUUUGAGGACGUGCGGAUAUGUGGAUUCACUCAAGACCGCAGCGACGUGUUCGACUGGACCAGACAGAACCAUCUCACCCAGAACCCCAAGCGUUCGGUUAACACAGGGCCUGAUAAAGACCGAAGUGGGACAAAAGAGGGUUUUUACAUGUACAUCGAGACAUCACGGCCACGUCAGGCGGGCGAUCGAGCUCGGCUCCUCUCUCCGCUCUACAACGUGACGGCAGCGCGAGGGCCGACGGGGACCACCAGGGCACCAUACUGUGUGUCUUUCUACUAUCACAUGAACGGAAAACAUAUCGGAACACUUAAUGUUCUGAUGAGAGUGAAGAGUAUAGCCACUGUGGAUUCUGCCGUCUGGACACUCUCCGGACACCAGGGACCCGAAUGGAGGAAGGCGGAUGCUGUGAUCUAUCCGAGCGGACCCUUCCAGGUGAUAUUUGAAGGUAUCCGUGGCAACGGCUUUGAGGGAGACAUCGCCAUCGAUGACGUUUCGGUUACCAAGGGAAAAUGCAAGCAACAGGACAACGUGGACAAAACAGCAGUGCUCUCUGGGUCCGACCGCAGUCUCCGCCAUCUUCCUCCGAGCGUCCAGCUCAUCUGCACCUUCUGCCUGACACUCUUGCUCAGAUGAUACCGAGACCCCCGCACAGAUACGCCUGCGUAGGACGCCCCCUGUGGCAGCAAUAAGAACUGCCCCAACACGUGACCACGCUUCCUGCUGCUGCCUUCCUCAUCCUCAUUUCCUCCUGUGUUUCCCAUGCUGUCGCUUAUCCUCACGUCCCUUCUGUUACCAUACACGUGUGCUUUAUGAAACUUUAGUUUUCAUUGAAUUCACUUGAUCUUUAUGUCCAGUUGUUCCUGUGAGCACGGCUGAUGUAUGUUUUAUAAAAGCAUAAUCUCAGUUAAUGUCAAACAUUUACAUCUUUCCACUGACUUCACCCCCGUGUCCCUCGUGUAUGUAUCUGACUCGCCAAAGUGUCAACUCUGUUACCAAAGAUGAUGGAGGGCUUACAGGAAGAACAGACACAAGAACGCCCUUUUUUCCAAAUGAGCUACUCUUUCCUCAGACUGAAGUGCAUGGAGAUGUGAUUUCUGGGGAAUAAGCCGAGUUGGAAGAUACAAAACAUGGUCACGAAGUUUGUUGAUACUGACAAUUGGAACCGUAUCUGUACAUUCACAUGUAUGUGAAAUGUUAAAUAAGCAUCAAGGUGCAAAAGCCCAACUGGCCUCCAGUUUCUGGGACUAUGACAAUGUGAAACUAAUGAAGCACAAAUUUAUAUCUUUUUUGUAGUAAUUUCGGUUCCUUUAUGUGGUAUUUUGUCGGUCUGGAUUUGCUGUAUCACUUCAUGUCCUUUGGCUUUGUUUAAAGAAACCGUGCCACUGCUGCAUCGCCGAUCUCCCCAAGACAAGGUGGUUCCCAAAAUGACACAAUGGGAACUUUGAAACAGACUGACAUCCGUUCCAUCAAUCGACAACAUACAUAAAGCACCUGAAGAAACUGUGAGAAUGAUCACUUCGAGCUUCAAUCAAACUGCCGGGAGAGUGUCGACUCACUGUGUGGGUCUUCUCAUUUAGCAAUAGGUCCAUACCUCUGACUAGGUGUGGAAUGUUCUCUUCUUCAUUGAUAUGGGCACAUGGACUCCAUCAGGAUUAAAAGACGGACACCUCUGGGUAGUCAGACAGCACUUGGCAUUGAUGAUCAAGAAUGGAGUUUUGUGUAGCAUUAGAGAGAAAUCGCAUGUUUGCAAGCUUUUCACGGAGAGCCAUCGACAAACUUCAUAUUCUGGUUUGGAGGAUUUGACAUGACAACAAAUUGUGUUGACGUGAAAAGAGUUUGGGCACAAAAGCGAUCGUGUUAAAGCAUCUUCGAUAACGUUGCGUUCUAUUCAACUGGGAAUUUUUUUAACAAUUUUUUUAGCUUCCUACUUGAAAAAAGUGCAUUGGGCUUCCAACCUGGAAACUCCAGCAGAAAUCCACAGCUUGCCAAGGUGACAUCAUGCAAACAUGGUGAUAACCAGGUACAUUUACAAAGUUAAUGAAAUUAAUCGAAAUCGUUAAAGAAUGAAAUUCAAAUUCAUAAACAUUUAUGUUAUGUUUUAAGUAAAAGUACAUGAAUAUCAAAACAUAAGUGAUUUUUGCUGUUGAUAAUUGUACACCAUCAUACAGCGUUGUUUAUUCUCUUAGAUGUUUUUGUUGAGAAUCAAACACCUUCAUUAUACUGUACAUCAUCUUCUGACUGACUUUAACGUCAAGCGCAGGAGAUAUAAAGUAGGAACGUACAUCAUCCGACUUUGAAUGGAACGCAGCGUAAAAUGCGGAUGCCAACAGUUUAAGAUUCAGAUGCAAUAUAAAGUUAUGAGUGAUUUGACAAAUUUAGCCAUAGGCUACUUUUCAAAACAUCAUCACAGACAAUACCAUUGAAGCACAUUGUUACAAUUUAGUAGCAAUAUGUGAUGCCCGACAUUUAAGGGUGUGUGUUUGAUUCUCUUUGAAAGUUAGCGAUUUCCUCCGCUUCAUCAUAUCUAUCAUCAAUACAGAAUUGUGUGAAGGAUGAAGACACAAAAUUAUAGUAAAUACUGAUUGCAUAAGAAUGGAAGGAACCAUUUGUGCCUCUGGUUGAGUGUCCUUUAUAAAAUUUGCGUAAGCUUUGAUGUUCUCGUGCAAUCUUCUACACUAUAUAAAUAUAUAUUUCAAUUGCUUUGUUCUAGUAUAACUCACGCUAAGUAGCUCCAUCCCCAGUAAAGCUUUAAGGUAAGUCUGUUUACAAACAUAAAACGUGCAAAAUAAUUUCUCUUGGCUUGUAAAAUUCGCUCACAUUCAUAUUUAACCAGUUCAUAUUUAACCUACGGAGUAAUGUGGCGUACGUCUAUCACUGUUGAAGAGAUUAUCAUAGACUCGCUCCUCAGGUAUUUCCAUGGUUAACAGGUCCAGAGCCUGGAAUGAAUUCAACCACAAUCCAGGUUCUUUUACAGAGGAAAAAAACACUCCCACGGCUGUAAUACUGUUCCGGUGUAUGUUACCAUAAACGCCCAGAAUUCUUGCACAAUGCCUUCAUUACAUGUCAUGUAAUCUGCUAUUAUUUAUAAUCCAUCCUAAUGCAGGACACAGACGAUUAGAUUUAACGCAAGAAAGACGAUGACGGUGAAUAAAUGAAUAUGAGGUUGUGACGUUUUAUGUUGCAGGAUAAUGUACAUUAUGUAUUCCAGAUGUUUUUUUGUUUUACAUUUUAAUGUGUGUUUGGUGACACAUGGUUAUUGCUCAUGAUCUCUACAACCUUUGUGUUGGUCUUCUGUUUUGCACUCCACACAUUUCUGAUUGUUUAAUUCGGACGGUAACAUUAAGCGCUAUAUACUUUCAUUUUGGAUGGCAGGAUCAACACAAAAUUAUGAUAAAAAGCUCUUGAUGAUGAGGCGAUGAAUGUAAAUGAAGGUCUCAUUGCAGUACAUUAAAUGUGGCAUUAGUGUUUAUUAGACAGAUCACGGUUCAAUGAUAGCUGACGUUAUUAUCAUUUCAUUUUUUGUUAUGAUGUUUGACACAUUUUGUUUUACAUGGUCCCUUAUUAAAUGUUUUUACUCACCAAAUGUUUUGUAAUCAGGUUCAUGUCCACAAGUAUGAAUGGAGAAUGGAGAAGGAAACAUGACACAUGUAGCGUGAAGUGUUUAUGAAAGUUCAAUGUAGAUGCCCAUGGUUAAUGUACUUGUCUUAUUUGUUGACAGUAUACUGUAUGAGUGAAUCUCAUGAAAAUGUCCAAGUCACAUUUCACCCUAAAAACUACAGAAAUUGUUUGACGUAAAGAAAGUGAAGCUUUUUUAAAGAUUUUACUACAGAUUUUUUUAUGGCUUCUUUUAAUAACAAGCACAUUUAAUAUAUCAUCACUUUAAUGUAUUCAGGCAUUUUAGUAUGUUGUGUAAUUCUCAAUGGUCAUUCUCAUUACUCUGCUUUAAUGUUUUUUUAGAGAUGCACCAAUAUAUGGACCAGUAAUCGGUACUGGUUGCAUUUUUCGACACUAUCGGCUAUCGACCGAUAGUUAAAAAACAGCCGAUGUUCAGGGACGUUAUGUCCUGUAUAUACUGUAGAAAAUGUUAAGAAACAUCACAAGUUUGAUGUUGAAUAUUAAAAUGCAUUAUAUGAAUAACAUUUAGAAUGUUAAGAAAGAUUCAUUUAAUCUUCAGAUUCGGUAUCGGCAGAUAUCACACUGAAUAAUCGGCUGUCAGUGGAGAAAUUUACUAUUGGUGCAUCUCUAUAUUUUUUACAUCGCAGUAGUAUAAAUUGGAUAUGUUUUGCAUUAUGUUCAAAAUGAGCUUGAAUUUUCUUUAGCAAAAUCUAGUUUCUAAUUUGUGGUUCUUGAAAUGGGGUGAAAUAUGACAUGUUCUGGACAGGUUUCAUGAGAUAAUAAUGUAAUAAUACCACAUGAUUCCUUGCUCCGACCUGAAGUUUAUCCGUGAAAGUCACCAACACACAUUGACAAACACAUGCAUUCAUCUCACUGUUGAAGAAUGUCUCUGUAUGUUGAAUGGAGAAUUCUAGUAGUGGGCAGUGGAGCUGUGAGCAUCUCUGUUGUUGUAUGCAAAGCGUUCAGACCAGAGAGAAAGACUUUGUGUUCUUUUCUUUGUAUGUAUAUUUGUUUGUUUGUUUGUUUUUAGAUACUGGUGCACAAGUGAGAGAGAAGCUUGUAGUGCUAGAUGUUGUAUAUUCUCUGUCAUGUAAUGAACUAUUUUAGAGGAAAAAUAUAUUUGAAAUAUGACUCCAAGAUGUAUAAAUAAAUAACCAU